AUGGCCUCCGCUUCACCAAGGUCUGAUACUAGUAAUAACCACAGUGGAAGGUUACAGUUACAGGUAAUUGUUUCUAGUGCCAAACUAAAAAGAAGAAAGAACUGGUGUGGAACAGCAACAUAUACAGAAGUAGUUGUAGAUGGAGAAAUUAAGAAAACUGCAAAAUCCAACAGUUCUAAUCCAAAAUGGGAUGCACAACUAACUGUAAAUGUGACCCCACAGACCACAAUGGAAUUUCGAGUUUGGAGUCAUCACAUUUUGAAAGCAGAUGCUUUAUUAGGAAGAGCAACAAUAGAUCUGAAAGAGGCUCUGUUAAUACACAACAGAAAGUUGGAAAGAGUGAAAGAACAAUUAAAACUUUGCUUGGAAAACAAGAAUGGUAUAGUGCAAACUGGUGAAUUAAUGGUUGUGCUGGAUGGAUUGGUGAUUGAGCCAGAAUACCUAAAAAGCUGCAGCUCACCUCCAGCCGUAGAAACACAGCAAACUGGUGAUGCCUUACAUGAAAAUGGAGAGCCAUCAGCCAGGACAAUGACCAGGCUGGCUCCUGGAGGUCUAAAUGGAAUAGAUAACCAUGUACCUUCCAACACUGCGGUGCAAAAUUCAUGCUGUUCACAUGUAAUUAAUGGAGACAGUGCACCUUCAUCUCCAUCUCAGGCAGGGGCCAGACCUCCAAGCACACCAGCUCCCAAACCACUCACCUCUGAGCCAGCCAGUGACGCUGGUAAUGGAGAAUCAACCUCACUUGCACCAACUGCUGGCCCUCCUGCCACAGGGACUGCAGUGGUCCCUGAGGAUGGCACCUCCUCAUCACGUUGCAUUGGGACCACUGGUGAGGAGGCCACUGUUCCAGAAGUGCCCGUGUCCUCGGAGCACAAUGGAUGCGUCCUCUCUGAUGGCAUGACAUCCGGGUCUGGGGCCGAUGGUGACCCAGACCCUGCUGCCUCUGCUCCUCGAAAUAGCUCUGCCUUCGAAGCAGUCAAGUUAAGGCCGCAGGGUGGGUGUGUGGAGCGUGGGAGGAAUGCCGGCACGGAAACCCUGCCCUCGGGGUGGGAGCAGAGGAAAGACCCUCAUGGGAAAGCCUAUUACGUGGAUCAUAAUACUCGAACGACCACGUGGGAGAGACCACAGCCUUUACCUUCAGGCUGGGAGAGAAGAGUAGAUGACCGUGGCAGGGUGUACUACGUGGACCACAAUACCAGGACAACCACAUGGCAGCGGCCGACCCUGGAGUCACUGCGGAACUUUGAACAGUGGCAGUCACAGCGCAGCCAGCUGCAGGGUGCCCUGCAGCAGUUUAACCAGCGCUACCUCUACUCGGCUUCAGUGUUAGCUGCAGAAAAUGAUCCCUAUGGGCCUUUGCCACCGGGUUGGGAAAAAAGAGCGGAUUCAACAGACAGAAUUUACUUCGUGAAUCAUAACACAAAAACCACCCAAUGGGAAGAUCCAAGGACUCAAGGCUUCCUGAACGAAGAGUCCCUGCCAGAAGGCUGGGAGAUUAAAUAUACUCGGGAAGGUGUGCGGUACUUCGUCGAUCAUAACACCAGAACAACAACGUUCAAAGAUCCUCGCAAUGGGAAAUCAUCUGUAACUAAAGGAGGUCCACAGAUUGCAUAUGAACGCAGCUUUAGGUGGAAGCUUGCUCACUUCCGUUGCUUGUGUCGGUCCAACGCACUACCCAGUCACCUAAGGAUCAACGUGUCCCGGCAGACAUUGUUCGAAGAUUCCUUUCAGCAGAUUAUGGCAUUAAAACCCUAUGACUUGAGGAGGCGAUUAUAUGUAAUUUUUAGAGGAGAAGAAGGACUUGAUUAUGGUGGUUUAGCAAGAGAAUGGUUUUUCUUGCUCUCACAUGAAGUCCUGAAUCCCAUGUACUGCUUGUUCGAGUACGCAGGCAAGAACAACUACUGUCUACAGAUCAAUCCCGCAUCCACCAUCAAUCCGGACCACCUUUCCUACUUCUGCUUCAUAGGUCGCUUCAUUGCCAUGGCACUUUUCAAUGAAAAGUUUAUUGAUACUGGUUUCUCUCUACCAUUCUACAAGCGUAUGCUAAGUAAAAAACUGACAAUUAAGGAUUUGGAGUCCAUUGAUACUGAAUUUUAUAAUUCCCUUAUCUGGAUAAGAGACAACAACAUUGAAGAAUGCGGCUUAGAAAUAUACUUUUCUGUUGAUAUGGAGAUUUUGGGAAAAAUUAUCUCACAUGACCUGAAGCUGGGAGGUGCCAAUAUCCUGGUGACUGAGGACAACAAAGACGAGUACAUUGGUUUAAUGUCAGAAUGGCGUUUUUCUCGAGGAGUGCAAGAACAGACCAAAGCUUUCCUGGAUGGUUUCAAUGAAGUUGUUCCUCUUCAGUGGCUGCAGUACUUUGAUGAAAAAGAAUUGGAGGUUAUGCUCUGUGGCAUGCAGGAGGUGGACCUGGCCGACUGGCAGAGGAAUACUGUGUAUCGGCAUUACACAAGAAACAGCAAGCAGGUCAUUUGGUUUUGGCAGUUUGUGCAGGAGACAGAUAAUGAGGUCAGAAUGCGUCUACUACAGUUUGUCACAGGGACCUGCCGCCUGCCUCUUGGAGGCUUCGCUGAGCUCAUGGGAAGUAAUGGGCCUCAAAAAUUUUGCAUUGAAAAAGUUGGGAAAGACACCUGGUUACCAAGAAGCUACACAUGUUUUAAUCGCUUGGAUCUGCCACCGUAUAAGAGUUAUGAGCAACUGAAGGAGAAACUUCUUUUUGCAAUAGAAGAAACAGAAGGGUUUGGACAAGAAUAA